AACAAAACAAAUUUCCUUUCCUUAAAUAUAGCAUUAACUAUUGGAUUGCCCGGCCUAAGUUAUGACUUCUACUGCCCUCUCUUGGAAAUAGGCGGGAAGUCUUCGACCGGAGGAUACCUGAUCGGUUUCUUGCGCCAUCUAGCGUGGGAUAGCUGCACUCUUGUAUUCCUCUAUGGACUUACGUGGAUCAUAGUUGCCAUUUUGAAAAAUAGAAGUAAAUCGUCAUCGGGCGUUUGCCUUCCUUCCUUUUAUUCGUAACCAGACUUAAUUAUGGUUUUUUUUUUAAGCUCCGCGUUAAUCGCGAAGAGUUUAGUAUUAUAUUUUAUUGUUGACUUAAUUUCCAUUGAACGUCCGGAGCCGGCUGUUUGCGGUGCGAGCCGAUUUAGGCUUGGCAACACUAGUCCCGUCCAAAAUGGCGAAUGAGAUGGGAUUUCUUUUUGCCGGAGAGAGAGUUGAAGGGAUAUCGUUGGCCCAAGCUAAAAUCGGGCGCAAUCGCCCGUUUGAGUGAGUUUCAAUAGUGAUUCGGUUGUGUAUUUCUUUUUAGUUGGUUAGUUUCUAACGAAGCGUUGCAUAUUUUCCAGCCCCGGAAUCGGACGUGAAUAAAACCAUGUUCUGAUGGUGAUAGGCGACGCCCAGCGUGCCCGGAUGUCGAAAUAGGUGCAAUUUUGCCCUCUGCUGGCCCUUUCUCCAUCAACGGGUUCACGCCGCGUCGCCUAAACCUCGCGCCGGCCGCGAGAGCUUCCCCUGGUAUCCCGGUAACUUGUGGGCAGCAGAUUGCUGCUGUUCUACCUACUCCCGACGUUUCACCCCAAGGCUGCUGACGUGGCAGUUGUGGUGUUUCGAGGUCAGAUCUUUCCACGUUUACUUAUUGACUGAAUGAACCGGCCUUUCGGUUCUGGCGCCCAUCCGUGUAACUACCUUAAUAUAUAUUGACCGCUGUAUCCGUUUCUACCAGUAAUGAUAAUUUAGAGCUCGCUGACCCACGUUUGUUCCCUUAAAAUAUAAACUCAACAUUAUUGUUCUCGUGAGCUAGCCCUCGGCAAACAAUUGUUACCGUGUAUCUAGGUUAACAAAUUAGCAUAAACAAUUUAGAUUUUUUUUCCUGAAUUCAAUAAAUACCUGGUUCCUCUUCAACUGUUGUUUGAUUUUUUUUUUUAUUUUGGCGUUAGCUAAAGGAAACCCCCCGUAAAAUUAAAUAUCGUAACAGUGUCAGCCCAACGUGUGGCGUUAUAUCAGCGAGCCUCUUUAGUCACAUUGUUAGCUAGAGGAAUUUCUGGUAGAAACGGUGCGGCUUGUAUAAUUGUAAUUAAGUAGGUACUUUUGUUUUUUUUAAUUUUAAGUAAUUUUGUGUAUUGUAGCUGCAAGUACCUCGUAUAGUUGUGCGGAAUUAUUUCUGAUAUUACUUUCAGUGUUUGGAAAGAUAGUUAUUUUAAGAAAAAAAAAUUUGUUCUUUUACCAUUUCUAUAAACAUUAAUUCUUGUGGGUUACCGGGACCCAGUGUGGGAGUUGUAACAAUUUUAUAUUAAUAGUUAUUAAGAGAUUGCAUGUAUAUUGGAGAUUACAACCAAGGUACUUGUUUGUUAACGGACGGUUGUGUAAAAGAAAAGUUAAGUUUUUUUUUAAAUUUAAAAGUAAGAAUAUUAUAUUCUCCCUGUGUGGGAGGUUACAGUGAUUGUUUGUAGUAGCCAUUGUCAACUUUUUCAUAAUGGAGGACCGUCCUAUUAAUUAUAAUUUAUUACAUAAAGAUGAGUUAGAGUAUGAAGUGUCCAUUAGGGAUGUCACUCCCGCGGGAGAUGUAAAAAGCUUAAGGGAACAAAUUAGGAAGUUAGCAAGGGAGCUACCUUCGGAUGACAUUGCGGAAUUUGAAGGGCAGUUAGCGCAAGAGCUUACAGUGGUUCAAAAGAAGUUAGGUGAAUUGGAGGAAUCUACCACGGCUGCCAAGUCUCCAAUAACUUUGAAGUCUCUUAAUCGGGUACAAGCAUUAGGUCACCAUUUAUAUCAUCGAUUAACACGGAUCAAACCAGUAGAGUCCACCGAUGUGACCUCGCACUCCGAGUUAAUGGAGCGGCUUAUGCGAAUUCUUUCAAAAUUGGAUAACAUGCUAUCGGUAUUCGUGUCGACUCAUUCGAAUGCUGCGUUUACUGAUGCGGUCGAAGGGGUGGAGCCUCCUGCUCAGACGGAGACUUCACCAGCGGUUCCUAAUGCUUCGUGCUUUAAUAAAUAUCAGACGGUUAGUUCUUUAAAUCUUAAAUUUAACGGUCGUUCGUGUGUGAAGGCUUUCCUGCAGCGGGUCGAGGAGUUGGCAGCUUCGCGUCGAAUUACGGAGGCUAGGCUUUUAGCUUCGGCGGUGGAAUUAUUUGAUGGAGAUGCACUGAUGUGGUACCGUGGUAUCCGUACGGAGGUGUCUACUUGGGAUCAGCUGAAGGCCGCCUUGAUAGAGGAAUUUUUGCCGUUCGAUUACGAUAGGCGCUUACUUAAAGAAAUUAGGAAUCGUACUCAGGGUUCUAAUGAGAACAUUUCCACAUACAUUAGUAUUAUGCAGAAUUACUUCAGCCGUUUAAAUAGUGAAUUGUCGGAUCAAGAGAAGUUUGACAUAGUUUCAAUUAAUGUUCGUCCGGAAUAUACAGUGCCCUUGGCUAUCCAGUCAGUUACUACCUUAAAGGAUUUGAAGAGGGUGUGUCGCGUGCUUGAAGAUAGCUGGCAACGGGCCAAUGCAUUUGUGGAGCCUCCUAGACCUUCCUCGUCGACUUUAGCCGCGGAUCUGAGUUUUAAAUCCUCAUCACGUCCCAAGGUGGAGGCAGCUCACCCGAUGGAGAAGCCGUUCUGUGUUCGUUGUCGUGUAGAUACGCACAGUUUACGUGAGUGCAAGUCUAAGCGUGUGGUUUGCUUUAAAUGUGGUAAGGGGGCGUGA